AUGGUCACGCCCAAGCCUGACCUUACCGUGGGGUAUUCAUAUGACAAGAUCACUCCAAUUAGAAACAUUGCCUGGCUCUAUCAUCGAAAGCAAGACUUCGUCAUCAAUAAUGCUCAGAUAUAUUUCCCUUAUUUCUUAGUUGAAGUAAAGACCCCAAAAGGCGACGUGACAGAGGCGUUGAACCGGUUGAUGGGCGAUGGCGCAACUUGUCUUCGCCUAAGCUCGCAGGUGCUCCCUAGAACUAUGAACUUCGUCUUCGGUACAGUUGCCACUCCCCAAUGGAUACAACUUUAUUCCAUAUGGCAGGACAAGAGUGGACAAAUCUAUGUUGAAUUGAUAGAGGAUUUCUCCCUAAGUAAAGUCGAAACGUAUUCGAACUGUCGGGACGCUAUCCGAAAGAUACACGAAUGGGCAGCACAAGUCCGGCUUCCGGCCAUUUUCGAAGGUCUUUACCAGAUGGUGAAGGCCGAGGAAGAAAAGGUACAAAAUAGAAACGAAGAAUAUUAAAUUGAUGAAUAAAAAUAGUGAGUUUACCUAAAU